GUCGCGCUCUGUGAUUGGAUGAAUUUAAAAAAUACAAUGCGCGGGAAGAGGAAGUUUGGAGGUUGUGCGCAAGUGACUGAUACUAGGAAACCAGCUGAGAGAAACCCGGGGAAAGAAUAUCGGUGCUGAAGGUGAGAGAAAAACGGCGGCAAGAGGCGGAAGGGAUCGGAAAUGAAGAGCGCUAUGCGACCAGUUAAACCCCCUCGGAGACUACCACCCAAGAAGCCUUCUAGCACAAACCAAAAAGACCCAGUUGGGGUUUACUGCAGAGUGCGCCCUUUAAGUCCCCCUGAUCAGGAGUGCUGCAUUGAGGUUAUCAAUGAGAGCCUUUUGCAACUACAUCCACCGGACGGAUGCAAGGUCAAUCGGAAUGGGGAAUACAAAGAGACCCAGUAUUCUUUUAAGCAAGUGUUUGGGACUCAGGUGACCCAAAACGAGUUGUUUGAUGUUGUUUCCAAGCCUCUAGUGGAAGAUUUAAUCCGGGCUAAAAAUGGGCUUCUCUUCACAUAUGGAGUGACUGGAAGUGGAAAAACUCAUACAAUGACCGGUUCUCCUGGGGAUGGUGGACUCCUGCCACGCUGUCUUAGCAUGAUAUUCAACAGCAUUGGCAACUUUCAAGCAAAGAGAUAUGUUUUUAAGCCUGAUGAAAAGAACGGCAUGGAUGUGCAGAAUGAAGUGGAUGCCCUGUUAGAGAGGCAGAAGAAAGAAAUCCAGCCGCAGGUGAUUCCCAGGACACCGAUGAGCAGGCAGCGAAUGGAUCCAGAGUUUGCAGAUAUGAUAAAUAUUCAGGAACACUGCAAAGUAGAAGAUGUUGAUGAGGACAGUGUUUACAGUGUGUUUGUGUCCUAUAUUGAAAUCUACAAUAACUAUAUCUAUGACCUGUUAGAAGAGAUCCCUUUGGAUCCCAUCAAACCAAAGUGGAACACGCCCGGAAGGAAUGCAGAUUUUAUACCGCCACAGUCUAGAAUACUGCGUGAAGACCUAAACCACAAUAUGUAUGUGGCUGGAUGCACAGAGGUUGAGGUUAAAUCUACUGAAGAGGCCUUUGAUGUCUUCUGGAAAGGCCAAAAGAGGAGACGAAUUGCAAACACACAACUAAAUCGUGAAUCAAGCCGCUCCCAUAGUGUCUUCAUUAUAAAGUUAGCACAGGCUCCCCUUGAUGCCGAUGGAGAUAAUAUUCUGCAGGAGCGGGAGCAGAUCACUCUGAGUCAGCUCUCUCUUGUGGACUUAGCAGGAAGUGAAAGGACAAACCGUACCAAGGCAGAGGGAAACAGACUGCGUGAAGCAGGAAAUAUCAACCAAUCACUGAUGACUUUAAGAACCUGCAUAGAAGUCCUCCGAGAGAAUCAACUCUGUGGAACAAACAAGAUGGUACCUUACAGAGACUCAAAGUUAACUCAUCUGUUCAAGAAUUACUUUGAUGGGGAAGGGAAAGUACGUAUGAUUGUAUGUGUCAACCCAAAAGCUGAUGAUUAUGAAGAGAGCUUGCAAGUAAUGCGAUUUGCUGAGAUGACCCAAGAAGUUGAAGUGGCGAGACCAGUAGACAAACCCAUUUGUGGUCUGACCCCAGGACGGCGCUACAGAAACCAGGCAUUCAAGGAGGAGCUUACCCGUAGGUUGGAGGACCGUGGUGGACCAAUUAAUGGUGGGGAUGCAGAAGACCAGGCAGUAGUGGAGAUUCUGAUACAAAGCUUUCCUCCUCUCCCAUCCUGUGAGCUUUUGGAUGCUAAUGAUGAUCAGACUCUCCCAAAACUCAUUGAGGUCCUGGAGAAAAGGCGCAGGAUCAGGCAGAUGAUGGCUGAAGAGUUUAAUAAAAAUGUUUGUACCUUUAGAGCUAUGCUGCAAGACCUGAAUGGUGUAGUUACAGCCAAAGAAAACUUUGCACAGGGGAAAAUGACCGAAAAGGACAAGAUGAUAGCCUCACAGAAAUCUGAAAUUGAUCGCCUCGACAAGAAAAUAAAGACACUGGAAUAUAAGAUUGAUAUUUUGGAGAAGACUACAACAAUUUAUGAGGAUGAAAAACGCACAAUGCAACAAGACUUGGACAAUCAUCAGCACAAGCUGCAGCGCCAGUUGUCUGAUAAGAGGAGGCUGGAGGCACGUCUGCAGGGAAUGAUGACUGAUAAUGCUAUGAAAUGGGAGAAAGAAUGUGAGCGGCGAGUAGCAGCCAAACAGAUAGAGAUGCAAAACAAGCUCUGGGUAAAGGAUGAGAAGCUCAAACAACUCAAAGCAAUUGUAACAGAAACCAAGAGCGAUAAGCCAGAGAGGCCACCCAGGGAGAAGGACAGAGAGCCGAGGGUACCCGUCAGAUCCGUUUCACCUUCACCUGCACCUCUCCUGGGUAAUAACCCAGUUGCCCAGGCCACCCCUGCACGGUUGCAGCUGCACAGGCGCUCAAAUUCCUGCAGCAGCAUGUCUGUGGCCUCAUGUGUCUCGCAGUGGGAACAGAGGACACCCCAGCACACCCCUCAGAACAAUGGCUGCUCCAGCCGCAGGCGGAAGGAGCCAGAGGAAGCUAGAAAGAGUCAUUCAGCACAGAGCAGGCCAGCAGUUAAUGCAGCCAGUCUACAAGCAGAUCUAGAAGAGCAAGAGUGUUUGAGGACCGCACUCCCGGCCCACCCCAGGCACCGUCGCUCUCGCUCAGCGGGGACAGAGAGAUGGGUGGAUCAUAAGCCGCCCAAUAGCGUGGAGACUGACACAGUCAUGCAACCCCAUGUCCCCAAGUCCAUCAAAGUCGCCGUAGCCAGCGAAAAGGCACUGGCAAAAUGCGACAAGUAUAUGCUGACACACCAGCAACUGGCCUCCGAUGGGGAGAUUGAGACUAAACUUAUUAAGGGCGAUGUAUUCAAAACGCGUGGAGGCGGCCAAUCCGUGCAGUUCACAGACAUUGAAACACUCAGGCAACAGUCUCCACCUUCAGGCGGCCGUAAACGUAGAUCGUCCCCAUCUAAUCAGCCCCCACAAGCAGAAACGACCGAUUCAGAGUGGACUGAUGUAGAAACCAGGUGUUCCGUUGCAGUAGAGAUGAGAGCCGGAUCAAAUCUGGGUCCUGGAUAUGAGCACCACGCAAUGUCCAAGCGUAGAAGACCUUGAAUUGGCCCCGCCCCUGGACACUUUUAUAUUCGUACAUAUGUAUCUAUCCCACGCGGACUCUGGCUGUCAGACUUGUGAAUGAUUCUAAGAGGAGCUUCUGUUUCAGCCGUGUGUGACGCAACAAUGGACUUGGCUGUUGACUAGAGAACGUAUUUAAUUCACGACAGACUUUCUGUGCGGUUCCGCUGCUGUAUUUUAUGCAACCUUUCAUGUAGUCAUAUUCUUCCCCCCGCCUGUAGGUGGCGGAAUAUAAAAUUUGGCUUCUUACUCUUGGUUCAUCAUGAAAGGGUUUUUUAUGGAUAUUAAGGUAAAUAUUAUUUCUGAGAUUGCUGCUGUGUGGCUACUAACAAGGAUGCACUUUACUAAAGCUUUCAUUUGGAUUUACACUACAGUUAUUCGCUUAACAUGAUCCCGUAUCUGUCCUGGAACUUAUUACACCCCGACAAAUACAGACCAGUUGGUUUAGGAAUAUACAGACGGGGUUUAGGGAUUUGUUAAUAAACUUUUCAUGGAAAAGCUGGAAA